GGAAUGUUUUAAUAAGACGAGACUUAGGAAUCCACGCUUACAGCGGGAGUUGGUUUCGAGGAGGCUGGUAGCGGGGAACAUAGCCAUCAGUUCACACCGGUCUUUCAGUUCGAACUAACGGAACAAGAUACGAACAGUUUGCCCAAAAAUAAAAAACUAUUUUACGAGUGCCAGUGCAGAUCAGCGUCUGACUGCGUUUUUGAACGAAUUUUGAUUUUUGCUAGCGCGCGAAUUUUAAUGCACUUACUAACGGGGAUACAGAUGUGGACGGAACCAGAACCUGAAGGGAGUUUAACAUCUAUAUCUGGUGAUGAUAGUUCAUCGGACACGGGAAAGUGUUCGCGCGUGGACAGGAAAUACAAGCGCAGGGAGAAGAACAGAGCUGCUGCCCAGAAGAGCAGAAAGAAGCAGACAGAGCGAGCAGAUGCACUACACCAGGAACUGCAGUCACUGGAGCGCUCAAACACGGCGUAUGAAAAGGAAAUAGCCUUUCUUCGGCUGGAGAUCGAGCGCUACGACUCCGCCCUCAAACAGCACGAGCCUCACUGCUGCAUCUUCACCUUCUCCAGCCCAAAGACGUUGCUGAGUGCCCCGUCCCCUGCCCCGGCCCCCACCCCCUCGCCUGCGGCUGCCCCCCCUACAGGGUUUGCCCUCCCAGAUCUCCUGGACUCUGCCGAAUGGCCUCAGCUUUGGGACACUGUUUGGUAGAGAGAGAUAGACGGGUAUGGGUUAUGUUGUUUGCGGAGUGAAUUAUUUAUGAAACAUCGAGCCCAGUGUCAUGCCCUAGUGUGACAUAAACCCAUUUGGGUUAAUAAAUAGAAAGGUAGCUUUCACAAUAUGCUCGGAGUUCUUGUGAAAUAUACAUGCAUUUUGACAAAGGAAAAUUCCCCUAUGUCCCAUGCAAAACCGAGUUUUCAAAAUGAAGAAGCACAGGACUUUGGAAGCUCAAACAGCUUAAACAAGCUUUUUAACAACUAGUAUUAUCUUCACCUAAAGUGGGAAUCACCUUUAUAAAAGGAGUUCAGCCAGUUCCAAGUAAUGUGUAACACAUACAACAAAUGUAUAUGUAUUUAUACAUAUAUAGCACACUUGAGAAUGAUACUGGGUUGGUAAUAUACUGUAUGUACACUACCUGUUAAAUAUUUUAUAUUCACUGUAUUGUUUUAUCCUGGGCUGGCCCAGUGUGGCAUUAAAAUAGAUGACAAACUGCCCCUAGCUUGGGGUUGGUGUAUGGGAUCUUGGAGAUGGGGAGCAAAAUAAGCUUUCAUUCAAGUUAAAAACACACAUUGUCUGUUUGUAUUCAUGUUAUUCAAGUCAUGUUUUGGAAAAUAGUAUUUUGUGUUGAAAUAUUUCAUAAUGUUAUGCAUAUAUGAAUUUGUAUAUGAAUAUUGGCAAGUACUUAGUACUAUUGAAUACUUCAGGAUGGCUGCUUUUGAUUUGCCCAUGGUGGUAAAUUUUUGACAUGACGAAACCAUGAAUAAACCGUGCAACCAAUGACAG